AUGGGUAGCCCGCUGUCACCGGUGUUAGCGGACAUCGUGAUGGAUAGCAUCAUCAGCAGAGCAAUCAAUGCAGCGAACAUCCCACCGCAGUUCAUACGAAAGUAUGUGGACGAUCUGUUCUUGCUGAUCCACAAAGAUCGUGUCCAGGAGGUGCUGGAAAUAUUCAACCUACAAGAUGAAAACAUCAAAUUCACGUGCGAGGUUGAAGUGGACGGAAAGUUGCCAUACUUGGAUAUGCUGAUGAUCCAAACGGGUGAAGGAAGAAUAAAAACCGACUGGUAUUCCAAGCCGAUAUCGUCUGGCAGAAUAUUGAAUUUUUUCUCCUUCCAUCCCAUUCAUCAGAAACUCGGGGUUGCAACGAACUUCAUUAAUCGAGUACGCACCCUGAGCACCAUCCGGACCGAGGAAGAAAAGAAUCAACUCAUCCGAUGCCAGCUCAAAAGCAAUGACUACCCACUGCAUCUGAUAAACAGAAUGCUGCAUCAACCGAGACCACCCGAAGUAGCGGAAACUCCGAACAUGUACCGAUCUGUGGUGCACAUCCCCGGCCUAACACCAACCAUCAGGAGAAUACUGAGGCAAAAUGUCCCGUCGGUAGGCAUCGCAUGUAGCAACAACAACACAGUGAAACAACUGUAUAAAACAGCGAAAGAUCCCGUUCCAUACAUGCAAAAAUCAAAUGUCGUCUACAAAAUAGCAUGCCGAGAUUGCUCCGGUUGCUACAUAGGUAUGACCAAGAACCAGCUGCGUACGAGAAUGUAUGGUCAUCAAACGUUGGUAAACACGCUGGAUAGGAAGCUAUCAGCUGGACUCCCAUACUGUGAUCCAGAGAUACAGCUACUAUCACAGAAGACUGCAAUGAUGGAGCACUGUGUACAACAGCAGCACAGAUUCGAUGUAGGCAAUCCAACAAUCGUCGACUGCUGUUUCAAAACACAGGCUCUCCCUGUUUUGGAAAUGUGUCAUAUGCUCACCACUCCACAAGCAGUAAACCGUCGUACCGAUACGGCAGACAUGAGCGCUACCUAUAGCUUUCUCAUCGCAUCGGUAAACGAUCUCCGGAGAGAAAGCGGACGGACAGAUAGAUCGAACAACCAACACACUGAUGCAACACACACAACACAACACAGAUUGGAAACAACAGAUCAGUAG